AUGCCACGACGGUACCAUAACAAGUACCUCCGUGUGGUGGCAGGGAUCAACGAGCUCUCCAAUCAAGGCAGUGAUGCUCAGAUCCGCUCCAUCAAGCGAAUCAAAAUGCACGAGGAUUUCAACACCCGUACGCUGGACAACGACGUGGCUCUGCUGCGCCUCAGCUCUCCGCUCAUCUUCAAUGAGCACAUCCAACCGGCCUGCACCCCUCAUAAUGUCAGCCAUGAGGACGACCUCCACUUCAGGAACUGGUUCAUCCCUGGAUGGGGGAGCACCGUAUUCAAAGGUGAUCCGGUGAACACACUGCAGGAGGCUGAGGUGCAGCUCUUCGACAGGAGGAACCAGAUCUCCUGGUACCCCGGCCUCAUCACAGAAUACAUGAUCUGUGCUGGACUGGAAAGCGGAGCGUCUGAUGCUUGUCAGGUGCGGACUUCUACUUGAAUAUAACAACACGUGAAUAUAAACUCAACACAGGCUGCAGGUUUCAUCCCAGUUCAACGUGGUUACUGUUUACAUGGGUUCCAGGGUGACAGCGGCGGCCCUCUGCAGUGCUACAGCCAGACAGAGAACAGGUUUUAUCUGGUAGGAGUGUCGAGCCACGGGAAAAAAUGUGGACGUCUUCAGAAGCCCGGGGCGUACACACGCAUCAGCAGGUAUGCCGACUGGCUGAGCUCAGGUCAGACAGCAUUAGCGUCUUCUGCAAGCGGACUGAACACCGGAGCAAUCUCUGCUGGGUUCACAUCGACUCCGACGCUGCUCGGUUACAUCCUGUUUGUCAUCAUCAAACAUCUCUGCUGA